UUCAAUGGAAAUAAGCUAUAAUUUUGAAAUGAAAUUCAGCAAAACUAUAAAUUACGCAAGCAAAGUUUUUAAAACAAUUAUUUAAGAGCGGCGCUUUUUAAAUUAAACGCCAAUAUCAUAUUCGCAAAAGUAAACAAUGUUAUCAUAUGCCAAAAAUAAAUUUCGAAAGAAACGUACAGAAUUAACACUAGGAGGUGCCUCAUAAUAUGCACUAACAAAAAUAUUGCAAAUCCAAUAUUCCUUGGUCUCUAGUACAAUAUCAAAGUCCCCUUGAAGACCUGUCUAAUUAAAGAAGGCGGGACAGGCGGUAGCUCAAGUAAUACUGGUUUGGCCUGUCUGGCGCCAAGCUUCGAUCUUGCAAAGGAACGACACUACAAGCAUUUACGCGCGCGACGCGUGCAGACGUCUAGAACGCUAUCUUUAGCGGGAAAUUCGAAAAUCGAACUCCGAACAUUGUGAAUAAAUUAAAAUAAAAACAAACUUGAAAUGAGUUAUUAGGCCGUAAAGUUAUGACCUUUGCCUAAAUAUUUUAAGUAUAUUAAAAAAAUGAUUGCAAUGUUUCGCGCGUUUUUAAUGUUCUUAUGUUUGUUCUCAUUUACAAAAGGACAAAGUGUUAUAGUGGUUGAUGAAGAAUGUUUAAACUAUACAGUGUACCCAGUGCAGUAUGAACUAAGUAUUUACCCUUACAUUUACGCUGAUCAUAGUUAUUAUGACUGUGAAUUAAUAAUUACGGUAAUAGCGAACGCGCCGAAUGUGAAUGUCAUUGAUUUGGACGCUAAAGACUUGGAAAUACAGGGCGAGUCCAUUAAAGUUUUCGAUGGGCCAAAUAAUAUUGUAAAUGGUCCCCGACCAUUUGAAUACAAUGAUCUUACAAGUAAAUUGCGUAUUUAUUUGAAAGAACCUCUGAAGAUGUACAGCAAGGGUAACAGGCAGCUUUAUAAUAUUAAAAUAAUGUUCAGAAAAUUUGUGAAAGAAGACGACUCGGGCAUCUUUUUGGUGAAAUAUUACGACGAACAAUCUAAGGAAUAUAAAUACCUCUUACAAACAAGACUUUCUCCAAACAAAGCGAAGUACUUUUUCCCGUGUUUCGAAAAUCCUAAGUUUGAGGCUGUUUUCAAGUUCAGAGUGUUUAUCCUGAAAGACAUGAAGGACCUACAGUACACAAACACAAGUAUUGUUAUAGCUGAAGAACUGCUGACACAUAGCAUCAAAGAUGGCUACACAAUAAUAGAGUACAUGGCAUCACCACAAGUCGGUCUCCACCAAGUCGGCUUCCACUAUUCAGUCUUCGCCAACACCCAACUUCAAGCUAAACACACGAAUGACACCAUCAUCCUAUGGGCUCCCAUUGACGAACUACAUGAUUACAAAUUCAUUCACAACUUCGGUAUCACCAUCAUAGAUCUAAUCCACGAAUAUGCAAAGGAUGAUCGGGCGUUAGUCCAAGGGCCCAUCAAUUUGAUCACCGUACCAGAUUUAAUCAGCGGUUAUGAAAUCGGCAGCUGGAAUUUACUAACCAACGGUGCCUAUAGGAUAGUAAAUAUCGCCCAGUUCACCAGCAUCAAACAGUUGGAGGCCAUGACCUUCGAGUUAGCUCAGCAUCUCAGCAGGAUAUGGUUGGGCAACCCAGGAGAAAUAGAGCGGACAAGGUGGAAGGAAGAAUGGUUUAAAGAAGGCAUGGCUACAUAUUUGGCCUAUCACUUCCUGACACAGUACAACUAUGGAAACCCGCUCCCAGAAAUGCGUCCCUUAACAGUAUAUGGUCUCCAAAUGAAACAUAAGGCCAUGGCCGUAGACUGGCACAAAAGUACUCCAGCGUUAGAGACCUUCAACAGAUCUCUAGCGAUAGAGAUUCCAGCAAGGUAUAAGGAUCUGGUGAUGAUGAAGACUGGAGCGAUCCUGUGGAUGUUGGAGAAUUGGGUGGAAUCGGAGAAGUUCCACAAAUCAAUUAUGAAUUAUAUGAAGUCCCGGAGAGGUAAAUACGUGUCUCUCGAAGACUUCACGACUACCUUAGACCAUGACACUAUUGAAUGCUUCCACCAGUUCUUCAAUGGUUCCACCGCGUCUCGGAUCCUCGGCUCGUGGUUCAGAAGACGAGGGUACCCUGUCAUUAAUGUACAAGUGCUGAGGGAUCGGACACCUAAUUCUGUUCAGUUGAAGCAGAGGCAGUUCAGUUUCACCCUCGACAACCGUGAGGUGACCGACUUCCUGAUCCCAAUAUCGUACGUGGUGCAGAACAAUCAGGAUUGUUACAACUGCUACAAGCCGAGGUUCACUAUCGGAGCUCAGACAUACACCUUUAGCGAGAACCUUAAAGAUGGGUGGAUUAUUGUCAACAGGCAGGGCACAGGAUACUAUCGAGUCAACUAUGAUCCAGUUACUUGGACACUAAUAGCAAAGUCUCUGAUCGAGAACAAUGCUAUAAUAGAUGAACUAAAUAGAGCUCAAAUAGUAAACGACGUAUUCGCUCUGUACGUAGCGGGAGAUAUGAAUAUGGACCUAGCGAUGGAUGUAUUAGAGUACUUGGAGAAGGAACGCAGUCCCGCGGUGUGGGCCGCCGCCGCCGCCGGGUACGAGCUGCUCAGCACUGAGGGAGCUAAUUGUAAUAUGUCCAAACAAGUCUACUGGGAAUGGGAGAGCUUCAUGAGAAAGAAGGUAAUACCGAUGUACUCGCAGCUGAUAAAGAGCAAAGACAACCAGUGGCUGACUCGGCUGUUCCGCAAGAACGUGCUCGACCUCGCCUGCUCGCUCAACUACGAGCACUGCCACUCGCAUGUUAGGAGGAUCUAUGUCGAGGAUAGGAGAGGGAAGCAUAACCUAUUCCCCGACUGUCGUAUGUCAUACUUCUUCGUGUUGGGCAACGAAACAUUCAGCAACACUUACUCGAGAGAACUGAACCCCAUUGAAGAGUACGACAAGAUGAUAGCUGAUAAGAAAAUACGAGAAAGAUUGAGGUUUAUCGGCAGGAUUCCCAUGGGCGAACCGAGACCACUGCCCAUUGUGAUGUCUUCUACUACUGAACAGACAAUUACUGAAGAGGUCACAGAAGAGCAGCAAACCGAUGGAGCGUUGUCACUAAAAUAUUCUUCAAUGGUGCUUCUCAUAACAAUAAUAAUUAAUUAUCUUUCUUUGAGAUAAAUUAUUUUAAAUUAAGUAACUUGAUUAACUUAAAUAUGUUGUAUUUGGCGCUGGAAAAAAUAAUUUGUAUUAAUAAUUGAAUUAAUACGUGUCUCACUUUAAGACGAUGUUGUUUUUAUAUUAAGACUGUUCCAGCCUGAAAAGCUAUAUUCUAUUUUAUUUUUAACGCUUAUUUUUCAGCUAAAAUUGUAUAAUUUAAUUAUUUUUCCAAAUAAUAUAUUUUAGUUCUAUAACAUAAGUAAAAUAUUGAAAUUUCAAUAUGAAACAUUAAUUCAAUAGUUGUUUUAUAAUUUAGCUAUGUAUGAUGUUCUCAACAUGUAUUCAUAGGACAUUCCUUAUUUCUUUCAAAAUUACUUUUUAAAUUAUUGAAAAUUUUGUACUUUUUUAGAAACAGUUAAUUUAUGUAAGAAAAUAAAAUGUUUAAAAUGCCAAGAGCCUUUUUCAGAGUUAAUGGUCAAAUCUAAUAAAAAUGUUACUAUUGAAGCCAUCUUCAAUAUCUCUGAAGGUUUAUUUAUUAUAACAUUUUUAAUUCUAGUCAUAAUAAUUUAUUUAAUAAGGAUAUAAUAAAUAAACAUUUUUAUGAUUCUUAACCGAUUUAUUUAACUAUCUAUCUAUAUCUAUCUAUUUUGCAAUAUGUACAUAUUACAAUAAUAAGGUUUUAGAUUAUAGAUACAAAAUUAUAUGUGCCUUAAGUCUAA